UUCUAAAAACCAUGUUGCUAAAUAGAAAAUAACUUUACAACUCUGCUACAUCUUGAAAUCUUAAUCUCAAUCUAAAUCUCAACCACUCAAUGAAAAUAACAAUCAAUUUAAUUAUUAUUCUAUAAUUAGAUCCAAAAUAUAGAACUAUCAAGUAGGCUGUAUUUAAGAGGAUGCAUCAUUCAUAUUGAAUUAUAAAUAACGAUAAGAAUCAGGAAUCUCAACAGAAAUUGCUUCAAAAUUGCUGACAUCAUCUAAAGGGUUGCUGACAUCAUUUGGUGGAACAUAUAAAUUUUUAUACUUAAAUUGCAUGAUUUACUCACUUCUAUUGAAUAGGGAUGAUUAAUAGUACUUUAUGGAAAGCUUGAGUGUAUUUAAUCAUAGUUUUCUGAAAGAGUUAA